CCAGGGCUGGAGACGAUGCAUCUCCUGACUAUGAAAGGAACCUAUGAGCUGAGGGCCAUGGAGGACUUUGAGGGGAAUAAGGUCUAUGCUCAGUACUCUUCCUUCUCCGUUGGACCAGAGGCUGAAGGAUCUGCUAACACUGGCUCAUUCAAAGAUGGAGGAGCAGGAGAUUCUCUGGUUUAUCACAAUGGUCAGAAAUUUACAACGUUAGAUAAAGACCAGGACCUUCAUGCCGCCAACUGUGCCCAGGUGUACUACGGAGGAUUUUGGCACAACGACUGCCAUUUUACAAACCCCAAUGGGAUAUAUGCAUGGGGCGAGUCUACCUUUGGUAUUGGCAUCAACUGGCAAACAUGGAAAGGCUUUACAUACUCCCUGAAAGCCAUCACCAUGAAGAUCAGACCAGCACCGGCAUAGAAGUCAAUCAUUUCUAACACAAUUGUAAAAUCUGAUUUUUCAAUAACAAUUACUGUCAUACAAACAUUUCCAGCACAUGCACAUAUUCCAUUUAUAAGGG